AUGAAUAUUCAUCGAUGUCGUUUUGUUGAUUACAAUGCAUCAUCAAUAACAUUUAUUUGUUUUUCUCACGAUUCAUCUUUAAAUACAACACCUAAAUCACUUCGUUGUGCUGUUGGACGUGCAAAUGGUGAUCUUGAAAUAUGGAAUCCUCAAGAACAUUGGACUCAUGAAAUAACAUUUCGUGGUGGAAUAAAUAGAUCCAUUGAAGGAAUUUCAUGGGUUACUACUCAAAAAUCUUCAAGGCUUUUUACUAUUGGAUACUCUACUUUUAUUACUGAAUGGAAUUUAGAAAAAUUAAUUCCUUUAAAUCAUUUGGAUGUGAAUUCUGGUGCCAUAUGGAGUAUAUCUGUAUCUCCAUCUAAAGACAAGCUUGCAGUAGGCUGUGAUAAUGGUAAUGUAGCAAUCGUUAAUAUAUCUGGAGGAAAAGGAAUUAUGGAGCAUUUAUAUAUUUUAGCUUGUCAAAAUUCCAAAAUUUUAUCACUUUCAUGGGACCAAACAUUUCAUAUUAUAGCUGGUUGUUCUGAUAGUUCUAUUCGAAUUUGGGAUUCUUGUAGUUCUCAUGGCAGUAUUAUUGCUCGAAUGAGUGUUGAUAAAAUAGGAAAAGAUGAUACUUUAGUAUGGACAAUAGAAGUUUUAAAAAGUGGAGUUAUUGUAACAGGUGAUUCUACAGGAUCUGUUAAAUUCUGGGAUCAAAAGUACUAUACAUUACUUCAAUCGUUUAAAACUCAUACAGCAGAUAUCUUGUGUUUAGCCUCUAAUAAAGCAGGAGAUAUUCUAUUUUCUACCGGAGUGGAUCGUAAAACAGUUUUAUAUCGUGUUGUAAAUAAAGAAACUCAGCAAUGGGCAGAUCUUGCUAGUAGGAAAUUUCACAAGCAUGAUGUUCGUGCUAUGGCUUUAUAUGAAUCUAAAGAUAUUGAUAUUCUUGUAACAGGAGGAGUUGAUAUGGCAUUAACGAUUAUACCAGUUAUAAAAUUUAUGACUCAAGCUCAUAGAACUAUCCAACCUGUUCCUCAGAAGCCAAUUAUGAGUUUUUCCACUUCUCGAAUAAUGAUAAAUUGGAGUGAUCAUCAGGUAAAAUUAUGGAGAAUUAAUGAAAUACAUUUAAAUUCAAAUAAUGAUAUUAUUCUUUCUGAAAGUAUUAAAAAAAAACAUCUAUUACUUAAGAUGAGAAUAAAUACAGAAGAAAAUAUUAAUGUUGCUACUAUAUCUAAAGAUGGAAAUUAUAUCGCUGUUGGGACAUUGUGUACAGUAAAGCUAUUUAAAUUAAAUUAUGAUCCAAAUUCUUGUAUAAAAGUUAAAAAACUUCAAAUUCGUGGUCUAGAUUCUAUUGGUGCAACUGUUUUAUUAUUCGAUCAAGCAAGAUCAAAUCUCAUUAUUGCAUAUUUAGAUAAAGUUUAUUUUUUAAAUUUACAAUUAUUAAAAUGUAUAGCUACUAUUACAAAACCGGAAAAAGAAAAAAUGGAUAUUAUUGAAUAUUCAAAUGUUAUUAAACUUAUAGCACUUUCAACAGAUUCUAAAUAUUUUGCUACAUACAGUUUUUCACAUGACAUAUAUAUAUAUGAUCUUGAAAGUUUCGUUAUGACUUCGCACCUUCCACGACUUUCAUCAUCAGUUGUUGUCAUUUCGUUUUGUUCUUUUAUUUCGUCUCUUAUAGUUGUGACAAUUGAUAAUUUAAUAUUUGAUUUCAAUAUUAAAACAGGAAAAUUGGGAGAUUGGUCAAAAAAAAACUCCGCUGAUUUACCUACUGAACUUUUAAGAUUAAAAGAUAAUUGUAUUGGAGUUUCAUUUGACUGUGGCAUUGAGUCUCGGAUGUGGUUGUGGGGAUCAAGUUGGAUAGGAUUUAUUGAUUUAAGUGUAGAAAUGCUCAAAAAAAAAGUAAAUAAGCGCAAAUUGGAAAACGAAAAUAAACUUUUUCAACCUAUUCAUCAGAUAUCAAGUAAGGAACGUAUUAUAGUACAACCAGCAUUUUGGAAUGAAAAAAAAUGUUAUAUAAAGUCAUCUGAUAUUAUUACUUUAAAAACUAUAGAAGAGUCUAUGGAUGUUGAAAAUAAAGGAAAAAGAAUGCAUUUUUGGAUUACAUAUAGAUAUAGGUCAUUAUUAUUAGUGGGUUGUUUAAAUAAGAAUGAAUUAUUAAUUGUAGAAAGACCUCUUAUUGAUAUGCUUAUUGAUAAAGGAAUACCUCCGCCUUAUUAUAAGCAUUUGUAUGGGACAUAA